AUGCCCGUACUCGAACGCCGCAGAGGCCAACGCCGCCCAGAAAGGCGCACCGGUGACAACGACGACGACAACGACGCCGACGGCCCCCAAAAUGCCCUCCCAGAAUACGAGCCCCUCUCGUGCCCCCUCUCCGCGGAAGCAAAACGCGCCAUCGCGGACCUCUCCAACAGCCGCGACGUCCACCGCUACGAGAACCACCUAAAGGCCUCCAUCAGACACCUCGGCUUCUCCGUCGUCGGCAUCAACGACGCCGUCCGCACGCGGCACGAGACUCUCGCCCGCUUCGCCGAGAAGCGCGCCGAAUCGCAGUCGCAGUCGCAGGACCAUAAGAUGGAAAACGACAGCGGCAGCCACGAAAAGUCCCAGCGCGAGGUGGACAUCGAGGCGCACACGGCCGGGCUAGACGACGAGGUGCCCCGCCUGACGGCCGAGGCCGAGGCCGCGCUGCGCGAUCUCAUUGACAGGCAGACGGAGCUCUACGACGAAAAGGCCGCGCUCGCGGACACGGUCUCGUACUUUCAGGCGCUCCCCGAACAGGCGCCCCGCCAACGUAGCGGGCGCACACGAGCGGAAGCCAGCGGGCGCAGCGGCGGCGGCGACGACUCGAACCCCGAGGAGGCGGACGAGAACGAAGCAGCAGACGAAAGCGCGCUCCCGCCGCCGCCAGAGUACUCUGCGAUCGACAUCCUGCGCCAGCAGCGCGCCGAAAAGCUGAAUGAGUACGAGCGCAUGACGGCGUACCAGCGCUACGCCGUCAACAACGACUACGCCGCCUUCAAGAAGCUUUGGCACGACGCUGCACACGGCGACGCCGAGGUCCCCCUGCCCAACGCGAAGCGCUGGUUCGACGACGCCGGGAACCCCGUCAUGCCCGUCGUAAACCGGCGUGGCGACGCGAACAGUGAAUCGGCCGCGGCCGCGGCCGCGACGGCCGGGGCGGACGACAGCGACGAUGACCUCGUCAUUGCCGGGGAGAAUAGGGAGUACAGGUGUCCGCUGUCCAUGCAGCUGUUCAAGGACCCCGUCAGCAACAGCGCGUGCAGCCACACGUUUGAGAAGGCGGCGAUUACGGAGUUCCUACGCAGGGCGCCGGGUCAGCGGGCGCAGUGUCCUACGGCUGGUUGUUCCAAGGAAAUCGGUCUCAAGGACUUGUAUGACGACCCAGUCAUUCUGCGUAAGAUGAAGCGCGCUCUGGAACAGCAGCGCCGUCGGGAAGAAGAAGAGGAGGAGGAGGAGGCAGAGCAAGAGGACAAUUCGGAAGGAAACGGAGACGAUGAUGAGCCGCGGGUGGUGAAACGAGAGGGUCGGUCAGGGAGGAAGAAGCGCAAGGUGGAGGACAUUAUUGAUGAUGACGAUUGA